UCCGAUUUAUACUUCUGGUAACCCUAGCGCAUAUCCCGGCACCCAGCCAGUGGUGGAGAAUCAAUACAAUUACGCCAUACCGACGCAAGCGGUGCCCGUUCCCAACUCGGUUCCGAUGGCCGGCAUUCCGGCCCAGACAGCUCAGCCGAUCCAGGGAGUACCUGUGCAGCAGAAUUUAGCGCAGCCGGUGGAUGGAAUUCCGGUGCAACAGAUUCUGGGGCAACCAAUGCAGUAUCCUGCGGGCCAAGUUCCUGUAGCGGGAAUUCCUACAGCGAACGUGGUUCCUCCUAUGCAGCCCGCAAGUCCUUCGAUUGAUUUGCUUAUGACCUUCCCUGCUGUAGUGAUUUCGGAGGAUUUGAUCUCGGUCGCGGCACUCACGAGUAACUUCAACGAGAAGAAGUUCAACGUUUAUCUGACAAACGAGAACGGAGAGGUUACUCCGAACCAGUCUCCCUUCCUCUACGCCACGGAAUCCACCGAUUGCUGCUCCUGCACGCAGACCCACAACUUCACCACCGACAUCAAGUUCCUGGACGGAUCCGAGCUUUACCACCUCGAAACCUCUACGAAGUGUGGCCUGUUCGCCAUGGAGAAGCACAUGACCAUCGAUUCCCCAUCGUCCGGUUCUCUGGGUUCCGUCCGCAGCGAUGAAGCCUGUAUGAGCUACAACUUCCAUGCCUACGACGAGCACGACGUGGAGUGCGCGACGGUGAGCGGUUCGAAGUGCCAAUGCGGCCUGUUCUCGUUCAAUGCGUGCCAAGGAUGCAAUCGCGUGGAGUUCGAGGUGCAGGACUGCGUUACGGGGACGACGGGAUCGAUUGCGAAGCUGUACGCGCAGCUCGGCUUCAUGAAUACGGAUUGCUUGGUCGUGGUGUUCCCUCCCAAUUCGAUGCUCGCCGAGCGAAUCCGAAUCCUCUGCGCGGCGUUCCUGGUGAAUUCGAUCUGCAAUUCGAACAUGGAUAACACUCAUCACGGAGGUGUGUAUGCCACUUCGGACGGCUUGGCGACGGGCGUGGGCGUGGGACUGCUCGCAGGACACAUGGCUGGCGGAGGCUACAGUGGAGGAAGCUAUUAUUAUGGAGGAGACGGCGAAGGCCAAAUCGAAGGACCAGAUGUGGAUUUUGGUGGGUUUGAUGGAGGUGGCUGUGAUGUGGACUUCGGAGGAUUCGAUUAAUCAAUUGCAUGCAUGCAUGUGUGUGUG